UUUAUCUACAUUAAAUUCAAUUGAUAAACCGAAACAUGUCUCUUGAAUUUGACGGUUGUAAAUAAACUUCUAUUUUAUGCCAGUGAAACAUUGUGCUGUGUUAAAGGUGGAAGAUAAAGUGAGGAAUUUAGAAUGAUACUAGCAAUGACGACGUCACCUAUGCAACAAUUCCCCAUGGACAUUUCUGAUUGGUAACCUAAGCAAUAUUCCAACAAAGUUAUCUUAAGUAUUGGGAAAAUGAGCUUACCAUUAACGUUGCAACUUUAAAAGACCAGCCCCUUGAUUGCUAUCACGGACGCUGUCUCUUUUUACAGCAAAAUUCAUCUGGGUUUUAGCUGAACUUCUUCUCAGGAGUUUAGAGUUUGCCACCCCAGAUCGCUGAGCCACAAUGUUUCGGAUGUAUGACCAGUACAGCUCUGAGAUCAAGUUCUCUGAACUAGAGAACCCAGAGAAAACAUGGGAGCUACAGGAUCUGAUUGGGGAGGGGACGUAUGGAGAGGUGUACUCAGCAAAGAAUAGAAACACUGGUGAGAUAGCUGCGGUGAAGAUCUUGGAGUCGAUACACGAGGUAAUUGAAGAGAUCGAGAUCGAGUACAAGAUCUUGCGUGAUUAUAACGACCACCGGAACAUGCCGCGCUUCCAUGGUCUCUAUUUGAAGACAGGUGACACUGGAACUGACGACCAGCUGUGGAUGGUGAUGGAGCACUGUUCCCGGGGCUCGGUCACGGACCUGUGUAAGAGUCUUAUCGACCGGGGACAGGUUAUAGAUGAGAAGUUGCUGGCAUAUAUCUUGAAGGAAGCGCUCUCAGUGCUUCAUUUCCUGCACAAGAACCACAUUGUUCACCGGGAUGUCAAGGGACAUAACAUUCUCCUUACUGAAGAGGGAGCCAUCAAACUCAUUGACUUUGGUGUAUCUGGAGAGAACAGUUCAACAAUGGGGAAGAAGAAAACCUCUGUUGGUACACCAUAUUGGAUGGCCCCUGAGGUUAUAGCAUGUGAGAGACAGCUAGAUUACUCCUAUGACAUUCGAUGUGAUGUAUGGUCACUGGGAAUCACUGCCAUAGAGAUGAUGGAUGGAGAGCCCCCAUUGGCUGAGAAACAUCCAAUGAGAGCACUGUUUAGAAUUCCAAGAAAUCCACCUCCCAAGAUGAAGAAUCCAGAAAAAUGGUCCGGAGACUGCAAGGAUUUCAUUGCAAAGUGUUUGACGAAGGACUAUGAGGAGCGGCCGUGUGCCUGGGAUCUACUGGACCAUCCCUUCAUCAAACAGUUGCCAGACUCCACCCAACAGUUCAGAGACCAGCUGGUCCAGCUGUCGUCCAAAGUUGAGAGAGUUAUGCAUGAACCUGACGUUACCACAAAACAGGGUCGUCUGAAGUCUCGCAGGUCUCGAUUGGGCGCACCAUCCACGACUGAUGAUCUUACACAACUGGAAGUCUUAGAUGAGGAGUCCAUAGUAGCCCAACUAUUCACCCGAUACUCCCAGAACAUCAUCUACACAUAUAUCGGGGACAUCCUGCUUGCCGUCAAUCCAUUCCACCAACUCUCCAUCUACAUGAGUGAAACGUCACGGCGAUAUCGGAAUGCAGCCAAAGGAGAUAACCCACCACACAUCUUUGCCAUCGCCGACCAGGCUUAUCAGAUGAUGGUCCACCAGAAAAAACACCAGUGUAUUGUCAUAAGUGGGGAGUCUGGUGCCGGGAAAACCAUGAGUGCCAACUUCCUCGUACAGCAACUUACACAACUCGGCAAGGCUCCAAAUCGUGACCUGGAGGAGAGAAUACUGCAGGUUAAUCCUCUGAUGGAGGCAUUUGGUAACGCUCGCACCGUCAUCAACGAUAACUCCAGCAGAUUCGGGAAAUAUCUUGAGAUGUUCUUUACAGUAACUGGGGUGGUUACAGGAGCCAAGAUUACAGAAUACUUACUGGAGAAAUCAAGGGUUAUAUUCCAAGCUCCUAAUGAGCAGAAUUUCCACAUCUUCUACUAUGUUCAUGAUGGCCUGCCAGCGGAGGACAAGAACCAUAAAUACAACCUCAAGGAAAAUGCAAGCUUCAGGUACAUAAAUGAUCACACCAACUCCAGCCCUGACGUUGUGACCUUGUCUGCUAACCGGGUCAAGUUCAAGGCCAUUCAGCACUGCUUCGACAUCAUUGGUUUCAAACAUGAGGAGGUAAGCUCCAUCUUUGGUGUGAUAGCAGCCAUACUGCACAUCGGGAACAUAGACUUUGUGGAGAAAUCCUCACAGACCCACUCUGGUGUUCAUGGUGUAGAAAUGGCGGACAAGGGACUCACUGAUAUAGUUGCUGGCCUGCUGGGUCUCGAAUCCAAGGAUCUUGUGGAAGUGCUCACCACGUCAGGGAUGGUCGCCCGUGGGGAGGUGAUUAUCCGGGAAAACACACACUCUGAGGCACUUGAUGUACGAGAUGCCAUGGCAAAGUCGCUGUAUGGGCGUCUCUUCAGCUGGAUUGUGAACAAGAUAAACAUUCUUCUUCAGCCUGAUAAAAAAGUGUAUAAGGAGGACAGUCUCAGCAUUAUUGGUCUACUAGACAUAUUUGGUUUUGAGAACUUCCCUAGCAACUCAUUUGAACAGCUUUGUAUCAACAUUGCCAAUGAACAGAUACAGUAUUACUUCAAUCAGCAUAUCUUCGCAUGGGAACUGCAAGAGUACGAAAAUGAGGGUGUGGACGGAAGUGCGGUGACCUUUGUGGACAACCGACCCCUACUGGACAUGUUUCUGGUGAAGCCUCUGGGUCUGCUAGCCCUGCUGGAUGAGGAAAGCCACUUUCCAAAGGCGACAGACUGGACUCUUGUCGAGAAAUUCCAUCAGAACAUAAAAAGCUCCCACUACAGUCGGCCCAAAGCCACGGCCAGUCUGACCUUCAUAAUCGACCACUAUGCUGGAUCAGUGAAGUAUGACUGUACCGGCUUUCUGGACAAGAAUCGAGAUCGAUUACCGGGCGAGGUGGGCAAUUUGCUAAGGACCUCGGACAACAGUGUUGUGAAAUCGUUGUUCCAGACUCCACUCACUAAGACAGUUAGCACGGAUUUUACAUUGGGUAAUCUAGCCAGUGGCAGCCUCAAGCCAAGCACCCAAGGAAGCAGCCUCAGUUCCCCCUCCAGUACAGCAACAGGGCUGACCAUAGCCUCAGUACAGAGUAUCAGGAGUCAGCAGACGUCUAGUAUGGGAGGUAGCAGGAUAUAUAAUGCUUUACACAAAUCUCUAAUAACGGGCUCAUCAGCGAUGUCAAUGACACGCAUACAGCAGACAGUGGCCACGUAUUUUCGGUUCUCUCUCAUGGAUCUCCUUGCCAAGAUGGUGGCUGGAUCUCCACACUUUGUCAGAUGUAUACGCCCAAAUGAAAAGAACGCUCCUGACCAGUUUGAUUCUCGCAAGGUGACCACCCAACUGAAGUACACAGGGGUGUUGGAGACAACCCGUAUCAGGAGAGAGGGAUACUCACACAGGAUUCCAUUUGCAGAGUUUGUGAAGAGGUACUCCCUGUUAUUGCUGGGAUCCGGUCCCCGACUUGUUGGUGACCAGCACUCCUGUGAGGUACUCCUGAAGGGACUGAAACUGAAAAACUGGGCCCUCGGCAAAACAAAGGUGUUUCUGAAGUUCUACCACAUUGAGCAGCUCUCUCGGCAGUAUGAGGACAUUCAGCACCGGAUCGUGCGGAUCCAGGCGGUGAUCCGGACCCAUAUCGCUAGGAACAAGUACUACAACUGGAAAUGGAAGCUCGAGAAAUGUGCCCUCGUCUUCCAGAAAUAUGCUCGAGGCUGGAAGGUGAGGAAGCAGUUCCGGAGUGUGUUCACUUCCAGACAACAGGCUGCCAUCAACAUACAGAGAGUUUACCGAGGUCACCAAGCAAGGAAGCAGGUAUUACCCAAGCUGGCUCGCAGACAAGAUGCCGCAGUUAUGAUUCAGGCCUGUUACCGUGGAUACCAGGGUCGACAGCUCGUGCAGCAGGAAAAGCAGAGACAACAGGAGCUUGAGAAAAAGAAGGAACUCAACAGUAUCCUCAAGAUUCAGAAAGCAUUCCGACUUAACAGAGAGCAGAAGAAAAAACCGCCAACUGCACUUGCCAAGAGGAAGCCAACUGCUCAUGUCAAGAGGAAGCCAGACACCAAAGAGGAUGCAGCCAUUCUUAUACAGUCUACAUACCGAAUGUGGCGGUGUAUGACGGUCUACAAACAGCUCACCAAGUACAAGGAGAAGAAGGAACUUCAGAUGAUUUACUUUGGACAACAGGUUGAGGCCUACUCUAGUGAGCUUGAGACCAAACUACUGGGCAACAACACUGGAGUCAAACCCGUGCCAUACCCAGAGUCCCAGACCAUCACCCCACCAUCCCCCGAACCCGGGCCGAGUUCGCUACCCGACGGACAGGGCAAGGGAGGUCGCGGAAAAAGGACCAGUGCCCAGGUUGCUAAGCAGCAGGUGGUUGCGAAGGCGACCCCAGAUCUUGGUGAAGAGAGGCUUGAGCACUUACGGAAGAUGAAGCAACUCAAGUCUCUGCUGCCAGACCAGGAACAAGACUACUAUAACAGACUGAAUCCCAAAGAUGAGAAUGACAACGUAGCCAAGUUUGAUGAAGAAUCAAAAACUCAGGCUUCAAAACUUAAGUUGAAGUCAGUGAUGAAUGAGGAUGUUGAAAGCUACUAUGUCACCAUAGCCAAGAAGUCUGCAACUACCACAGAGAAAGAAGAUGCCAUGAUGUUGGGUGAAACUGCCGCCACCAUGUCGAGCAAACAGAUAGCAGACUGGGAUGCUCCCCUUCAGGACGCAAAACAACGCCUUCUCUCAGCGAGGCAUUUCAUGGAAGAUGGCCUUCUCACGCCUACCUCACCAUCCAUACAAUUAAGCCCCUACCAUUUCAUGUCUGUGUCCCCAAAUCUCCCUCCUGGCCAUAUGGAAAGUUAUUGCCCGUCCCCUCAUACGCUCAACCCACUACCUCAUAAUGUUAUUGAUGCAGUUGUGAAUGACAAGGCCACGUACUAUGACGCUUAUUCGGCCUUAGUCUCGAACCAACAGCCUGCAAUAAAUGACGCACAAACUGUUCCUACCUCAUUGGAUUGCCAAAAUCCAUUUGCUGCUACAAAAAACUGGAUACCCUCUGUUUCUGAAUGUAAAAAUGCGUCUGUAAUGCAAGAGAAAUCUGAUAGCAAAGGAGUUGCACAAGGGAAAUAUGAAACUAAAAAAGCAUCUGAUACCCUUGAAGAUUCUGAAUUCGACUUCAGAUCCUAUUAUAUGCAAGACUCUGAAGUUGAGUCUGUUACAAGAAUGUCAGUAACAAGUGAUGAACUUGCAAUAAACUUCCUUGACGAUGCAAUAGAUGGUUCAUGUUCCCCUUUUAACGCACCAGUUUCACCACAUUUAGGCCUAGAUUUGCAUUCGGAUCAUAUAUUUCUGCAAAAUCAUGAUCGGACAGAAAACACACAAGUAGCAUUUUCAAAUCAGGUAAUGACAACAGUCAUUCAAGUGAGAAAAGAAUCAAAACAACCAAAUACCCAUUUUCAGCACCAAAGAUCAGGGACCCAGAAAGUUAAUGACCAAUCUUCUAGUAGUAGAAACUUUAAUACUCCCCAAAUUUCACAUCCGCAACAAAUUCAAGUGCAGUUAAGAAGCUCUGAUCAGGCCCAAUAUUCACAUCAACACCAACACCAUAGUACAUCUGAUAGGUUUGAAAACAAAGACCAUGACUUAUCACGUACAACGUCCCCUAACUUAAACCCUGACAUACCCCCUGAGGCAUCUGCUUACUUUGAGAAGAAGACAAGGGAAUUGCUUGCUCGGAAAGCAGCUGAAGUUCUCAUUGCUAACGGACAUGAAGACACAUCACAUUUAACCAUAACCGAUACAAUUGAUGACGAUUUAAAAACAGACAGAGAUGAAUUUUAUCAAGAACAGACCAAAGAAGAAUUAAUUGAGACUCUACGGGAACAAUACAGACAGAGUGCAAAGGGAAAAUGGCAAAUUAUUCAGGACUUAUUUCAUGCAGGAAAAUUAUUUUUAAAAGGAGCUCAAAGUCAUACCAAAGAAAGUGAGAAUUUUGAGACAUUCAAUGGACAUAAGAAUCAUGUGACUUCUUCGACCAAUCAAUGGCCUUCUUCCCCAACUCUGCUAGCCAAUAGAAAAACAGUAAUUUCAGUGCAUCAUGGGAAAAAUAAUUUGAAAAAUCAUGACGGUGGUUCAAAGCAAACUUCGAAAGUACAGUUCUCCUCAAGUGAGCCAACUGUCAUCAAUGUCCAUCUCGGCCAAAACGGCAACGGUUUAUUAAGCGCUGUCCAUCAGCAAAAUGCAACAUCUGAGCAAGUGAACUUCAGAAAUUUGCUGCGACGCACGGAUAUAGACCCGGAAACAUUGGUACAUCGUGAACAAGAGGAGGACAAGCCACUUUAUGACUUCCGAAAAAUGUUACGGAAAACUGGCAGGUUGGAGGUCAUUGCAACACCUAGUUCUUGAUGUUGUUAUUCACAACAAAUGGUUGAUUAAGUUCGGUUUCUGUUCAUAAAAGGGGCCCACAUUAGUUUGUUCUCUGGUAAUAUUAUAAUAAAUAUAAAAAGUUUUCCUCAAACCAUAAAGAAGGCGUCAUGGUUUUCUUGAUACGAACAGAUUUCAUUAAGUUGAUGGAAAUUCGCAAAUCAUGCGACAGGAUUCUAUUUUUACCUCUCGUUAUUAACUAUCAUAAUGGACGGGGCUAACCUAAAAAAAAUAUUAAACAUAGCCUAUUGAAAGUCAAUCAUGACAAUGCAUAUGUUCCCCGAACAUAUAACUUGUUCAUCUCUUUAAAUAUGUUAUUCAAACUAGUGUUGGCUUCUUUAAGGUUGGCUUUAUUUUCGCAAACAUUUUUCAAACUUAAACAGAAUUAAAUCCAUUCUAAUUAUACUGUAAAUGCAGAUUUAGAAAAGGACCAAAUUGUUCUAAAAUUAUAGGCAAUAACUAAUCUAUAUAUUGUCUGUGUGAAUUAUAUUGGCUAUACUGCCUUCAGCAUUCGAAGUGUAUCAGUGUAUUAUUUAUAUGACUUAUAUAAAAAGGCAUGUAUAUGUCUGAAGGGAAAAAAAGAAAAUGCCACUUCAUGCCAAAAACAUAUUUGUACAUGUAUGUUUCCAUAGAAUGUCUGCAGUAGAAAUUGUGUUUAAAAUUAAACUAUGCUUUAGUGUAAAGUUUUAAGCAGAAGCUAUGAUUGUUCUACUAUUUCUGCAAUAUGUUAACUGUGAUACAUUGUGGGUUGCUAAAGUGUGUGAAAGGUUCAUCCAGAAAUGUGGUGAGUUGCUGCUUAAAUUAAAAAGCAAUCACUUUUUUUUAACUUUUUCGAUUCGUUGAUGAAAAAACACUGAAGUAUUGUGUUGGGCUUGUUGUCGGCAUUUGUGUUCUGAAGCAAAACCUUACCUUAGCCAAAACUCAAAAUUUGUUCAAGAUAUUACCAUAAGACUUGGUAUAUAUGUUGCCAGAGACAUAUGAGUAGCAAGGCCCAUAACUCUGGCUUCAUAAAUAGUUUAGUUAUUAAUCUGUUUGACAAAAACGGAUGAUGUUUGCACUCGCUUGUAGUACUCCUUAUUUACAGCAGAACUAUACUGUCUUAAAUGUCUCUUAACAGAUCUCUGCCAAUCUGUCAUACAUUGCUUUUUUGUGUUAUUUUUUUUUAGUCAGUUGCAUUAUAUAUAUAUUGAUGCAAUAUAAUUAAGUUUUGUGUAUUUCUUGCACAUUUUCUUUUACAAAACUGUUCUUUUUUACGUAUGUCUGAGUUACAACUGGGAUAUUCUUGUUCAUUUUUAUAUUAAUUUUGCUUAAGUGUCUGGAAAACAGUUAUAUAAAAAGGCUAACUAAAUGUUAGAAGAUAGUUUUUCAUAUGUACGGUCGAAAACUGAUGUUUUAUGGCUAAAAGCGUACUAACACUUUUAAGAAAAUUGAAUGUAAUUUUUUUAACAAUUUAGAUAUGUUUUAUUGUGAAUUAUCUUACAUGACUAAAUUGAAGGCAUUGAUGUCAGAAUCAGCUGGUUCUGAGAUAAUAAUUUAAGAAAUAUCAAAACUGACAAUUUGUAAGAGCGCAACUUUAAAUGCAAGACGAUGAAUGUACCAAGACCUUCUAUAUUUAAAUAUCACUUGAUAAAUUUCUUUAAUUUAAUACUUUACUCAGAAAAAAACAACAACAUUUGUUCACUUAGUUAAAAAUGUUCACUAUUAAAGAUGCUUUAUUGAUAUAGCCGCAGAUCAGUGAUUUCAUACAUCAAUUAGUAAACACAUCCAUUUAAGAGGUUUAUUAACACCAUUAGAUUGAAUAAUCAAGAUUGCACAAGUGGCUUGACGAAGUUCCUGUUAUGUUUAACUUUUUAUACAUUGACAUACAUGUAUAUUGAUCCUGUUUGUCAGUUCAAGUGGUUCACAGGAUCAAGGCAGUUUCUCUGAUGUUUUUAUACAUUGACAAUAAUACAUGUAAAUGCACGACAGAUAUGCAUGUAUGCAUCAUAUUCACAGGGUUUAUUUUUUUUUUAUUUCUGAUGAUCAAAUCUUAUAAUGAUUUGUUAUUAUACAAUAUAUUUGGUCUCAGUGUUACCAGUGGUUUUUCAUAAAAAAUAUUCUAAAUUUUGUUGAGCUAAUUUUAAUGGAAGUGACCAAAGCAAUUGUCGAUUGAAAGUUGCUUUUUCUUUCUAAUAAUACACUGUUGAUCUUAGCAUAAUUUUUUAUAUAUCCAUUAUCCAGUUUAUUAUUAGUUUUGUUGUGUUGUUUAUACCAUAUUGGUCGCUGUCUCAUUAGUGGAUGUCUGUAUAUUUAAAAUAUUUUAUUGUUUUUUUUUAACUGUUUUUAUUAUACCAUGUUAUUUAUUUGUUAUGUAUGUUCUUUAAUUUAUGACAAGGUAUAAAAUAAUUCAAUUAUGAAUUUAACUGCACCAAAGAAAACCCAUCUUUUGUAUUCUGCCAAUUACAUUACAAAACAUUUAUUAAGCUUUUACUGUAACAACAUUCAUAGCCAACAAAUACAUUUUACAAUCUGCAUGAAGGUUUUACAGAGAUGACAUGACAGCGUAUAUCUAGUAUACAGCUAGUAAAGAUGUUAUAUUCAUGAAAUUAAUGGUUUUAUAUUAUCAUUCAAUAGUAUGGUACAUUAUCAAAUACAUGUUGUUAAGAAGUAUUAUUAUUGAUUAUGUUCUAUUAUUCUAUGUUAUUAACAAAGGUACAGUAGUAUUAAUAAACAGAACAUAUACAGACAUUUAAGUUAAAGACAUGACUGUGAUUAUCUUAAGCUAAAAGCAUUAUACACAUAUCUAAGAUAGAUUUACUAUAACAGUACUUUACAUAUGAUAUUGCUAUUGCCAAAUUCAAAUGUAAUUAUGUAUAUAGUAUAUACUAGCUUAAUAGUAUGUACUAGCUUGUUUACUUAAUAUGUUAGAAUCAAGCUAAGAGAUGCCUUUUGUGUUUUUUUUGGUAUAAAUACAAACGUAGUGUAAUAUCCAUUUUCUGAAGAGUUUUUAGUCAUUGGAAAAACGUUAUUUUAUAUGAUAUUGAGAGGGCACAUGCAAAAAAUGUGGGUAUCUGCAUUUGUUGCAUGUAUAUUAUGAGCCUUGAUGACAAUAAAACACGAAAGUUGUUCCACAGAUUUGAGAAGGCUCGUUAUUAUCCCCCGCCGAAUCGAAGAUUUCGGGAGGGGGAUAUUGUUUUGGUGUUGUCCGUCCGUCAUAUCUUACCAUAUACCAUAUCUUGGUAGGCAUUGAUCAGAAAAUGUUCAAACUUGGCCAGAAUGUUACCCUUGAUCAAAUCUCGAACACUUUUAAAAGUGGGUUACAUGGGGUCAAAAACUAGGUCACUAGGUCAAAUCUUAGAAAAAUCUUUGGAAUAUUCUAGAGGCAUUAUAAAUGGUCAAAUAUUCAUGAAACUUAAUCAGAAUGUUUUCCUUGAUGAACUCUUGGUCGUAAAUAAAACUGGGUCACAUAUGAUCGAAAAUAAGGUCACUAGGUGAAAUGUUAGAAAAAUCUUGUCUUGAACCAUAUCAUGGUAAUGAUUUGUCAAGUUAUGUUCUAAAUUGGUCAUGAUGUACCACUUGAUGAAAUAUGGACCACUUAAAAAAUUGGGCCACAUUGGGUCAAAAACUAGGUCAGUAGGUCAAAUCUUAGAAAAAUCUUUGGAACAUACUACAGGCAUUAUAAAUGGUCAAAUAUUCAUAAAACUUAAUUUGGAUGUUUCCCUUUAUCAAAUCUUGGACUUAUUUAAAACUGGGCCACAUAUGAUCGAAAAUAGGUCACAAGGUCAAAUUUUGGCCAGAAUGGAAAUGAUUGGUCGGAUUAUGUUCAAACUUGGUCAUGAUGUACGCCUUGGUGAAAUAUGGACCGCUUGCAAAAGUGGGGCACAUGGGGUCAAAAAUAAGGUCACUAGGUCAAAUCUUAGAAAAAUCUUUGAAACACAUUAGAGGCAAUAUGUAUGGUCUAAUAAUGAUGAAACUUGAUCAGAAUGUUUUCCUUGAUGAAAUCUUUGACAUGUUUUAAACUGGGUCACAUGUGAUAAGAAAUUAGGUCAUUAGGUCAAAUCUUUAAAAAAUAUUGUCCGAAACUAUUUUAUGGUAGUGAUUGGUCGGAUUAUGUUCAAACAUGGUCAGAAUGUUUUCUUGGGUUAAAUUUCGACUGCAUUUUAAAAGUGGGUCAUAUGGUUCAAAAACUAGGUCACUAGGUCAUAUCUUACAGAAAUCUUGGGAACACUCUAGAGGCAAUUCAUCUGCUCUGAUUUCCAUGAAACUUAAUCAGAAUGCCUCGAUGAAAUCUUGGAAUAGUUUGAAACUAGUAGGUCAUGUGGGGUCAAAAAUGAGGUCACUGGGUCAAAUCUUAAAAAAAAACUUGUGGACACUCGUGAGGCUAUAUUUUUUUGCAAUAUAUCUGGACCAAUCUUCAUGAAACUUGAUAAGAAUGUUUGCCUUGAUAAAAUCUUAGAUUAGUUUGGAAAUGGGUAACAUGGAGUCAUAAACUAGGUUUCUUUGUCAAUUCUAAUUGUUACAUUAUAUACAAUAUAUAUUUUUUUUAUUUCAAACAGUUGCAAUCAAACUCAAAAUCAUAUACAUAUAUUUCAUCAACAAUUGAUUUUCAUUCCUUGACUUAGCCCAAUCAAACGGAGGAUAUCAAUUCAACGAAUUUGCUUGUUUAUUUAAAUAUAUGAUAUUUAAACAUAGCAACAAUGGCCAUGAAAUAUACAAAACCAGAGAAAAGCAGGGUUUUUUCAUCAGUGUCAGAGAGCCUACUCAUUGAAGCUUGGCCCAUGAUACUGGCAAGGUACUUGGCGCCAUUCUAAACAUUGGAGGAAUGUGAGGUAUCCCAUCCACAAAUAUGUAAAUAUUUGAUGAACAUAUCAUAUUUAUCGUAUAUUUUGAAAGGCUUUUGUUUGAGAAAAAAAAAACAGGAGUAUCUGGGGUUUGACAUUAGAGGGGGCGGAACUUGUUGGUGUAUUUAGUUUUUGACUUGGGCCCCUCCCUCAGAACCAGAUUUAAAAAAAAGAAUUGGAGGAUUUUAGUCGGGGACACGUGCCGGUUUACAGGUCCAUGAAUAGAUAAUACAUUAGUGCAUAAUCUGAAUCCAAAUACUUUACAAAUGCCAAUAUCAAUUUCAAUAUAAAUAACAUUUCAAAAUAAUGUUAAACAUUAUAAAUGUGUAUAGUAUUGAGUACAUGUAGAAAUGUCAUUGUACCAAAACUUGGUACAAAAUAAUGGCAACUUUUAUUAUUAGCGUUCAUAUAUUUUUUAUAUUCAGAGUUUUAUUUACUUGUUACGGUAUACACUUUGUUCACUUUGUUGUGAUAUUUUGCCAUAAUAUUUAUUUCUGUACAGUUUACCAUUAUAUGUGAAAUGAAUAAACUUAUAAAUGUG